AUGAAUAAGCUUCUCGUGCUGGUAGCCUGUGUGCUUGGCACAGUAUCCGCUGGUCGCAUUCUUCAACUUGACCAGCGCAUCGAGCGCUUGUCCUGGCAGGACUUGCAGCGCCAGAAGUUUAUACUAGACAUCGUGCAACGUGUGCAGCAACCAUUGCAACAGGAUGAUCUGAUACAGCUGGACCAGGGCCUGAUUGUAGACGCACAGCGCUAUAAUGGUGGCAUCGAUGAAGAUAUACAGCGUGUCAUCGACUUGGAUCGCCAGCGUCGCUUGCUGGAUGAGCACCAGAUCUUCAGUAUUCUUGAUGUGGGGCAUGUGCAGCAGUUGCGUGGCAUCUACAGCCUGCUGGUGCGCGCCAUUGACUUCGAGACACUGCAGCGCAAUGUUGUCUAUCUCAGGCGCAACAUAAAUCCCGUGCUGCUGAUCAAUUCCCUAUCUUUGGCAAUUCGCGAUCGCGAAGACACCCAAGCUUUGAUCAUUCCUGCCGUGCAGGAGCUAUUGCCGGAACUUUAUCUCAACCAGCAGACAAUUGACAACGUCCAGCGUAAGCAGUUGGAAUUGAACCAAAGCAAGCGCCCCUCUCUCUUGGAUCUGUUGGGUCGUGAUCAGCGUAUACAACUGAUUAAUCCUUUGGUAUGGCGCGAUCUACGCCUACAAUUGGCGCUGAGAAGGCAACAGAUUCAGCAAACCCAGUAUCGUUUGGUGCUGCCCGUCCAGGCGACGGCUGAACAGCAGGAUGUCACGCUGUUGACCGAGGACAUUGGCAUGCGCAAUUUUAUACAGAAUUUAAUCCAAGAGCUAGCUCUGUUUGAGGACAAUAAUAAUGAUGUGAACAUAAACUUGGAGAAGGAACGCCGCCAAGACAAUGUCGAAGUCGAUAACAGCCGAUUGCUAGGCGAAAACCGACGGCGCGCGCAGCAACAGCAGAACAUAGAUAACAUUCGUGAGCAAAAUCUCCGCCGUAACGUGAAUGAUAACGAAGAUGUUCAAUCCAUAGGCCGUGUGCCUCUGCUGCGUAAUAUUGGAGUUGGUCUUGGAGGCAAGUUGGAAAACUACGUCAACCAAUUGCCCACUGUUGACAUUAACAGCGAUCGCCUUUUGCCAGUGGGACGUCGCCGCCAGAAUGUAGACCGUAGCGAGGAUGACAAUGAGCAGUUGCAGUCCCGUUAUGAGGGUCUUCGCAUAGACCAGGAACAGGCACAGAACAUCAGACAAAUCAACAAGAAUGGAGAUAACGUUCAGCAGUUGAACAAUAAUCUUCAGGCCGUGCCUCGAGAUGAUGACCGCCUGGUGCACAUUAACAGACGCCGGGUGGUGCAACCCAUUGAUAACAUAGAGCCCCGUCGUAUUAAUCCAAUUGGAGAGGGUCGUCGCGUGGUGAAUUCCAAGGCAGAUGAAGACAUUGAGCAGCUGAUACGCAGUGGCAAUCGUCUAGAUCAGGUAAGCGAUGAGAACAUCGCAGCGAUUAUUGCCAAUGUCCGCAAUCUCCAGCGGAAGGAACAGAACCAGCAGCAGCAGCAGAAGCAAGAGAAGGGUCAGGAAAGGAACAAUCUGCGAAAACUGACUGACAAUCUGCAAAGUGUGCCUCGCGACAAUGAGCGUCUAGUUGUUGUCAAUAGACGUCGACUCAAUCAGCCCGCAGAGAACUUGACUCCUCGUCGUAUCAACCCAAUUGGAGAGGGUCGUCGAGUGGAUGACCUGCAGCAGCAGCAAGAGCAGGAUCAGGAAAGGAACAAUCUGCGAAAUAGUAACCAGGAAGAUGACAUUCUCCUUUUGACUGAUAAUCUGCAAAGUGUGCCUCGCAAUGAUGAGCGUCUGGUUCAUAUCAAUAGACGUCGACUCAAUCAGCCUGCAGAGAACUUGAGUCCUCGCCGUAUUAACCCAAUUGGAGAGGGUCGUCGUGUUGAUGGCGUGGACCCCUUGUCGGAGGAAGACAUCAUGCAGCUCAUACGUAACGACAAUCGUUUGAGUCAACUGAGCGAUGAGGAGAUCAUUGCGAUAUUGCGUCGUAAUCGCCAACGCAAGAUACAGGGUCAAGAAGUGGAGCAAGGACGCCGCAACCGACGCAGCUUGGACAACAACGUUGAGGAGCGCGAGUCUCGCCGCGGUGAAGUGCUAUUGCAAACUCUCCGCCAGCUUUUGGCACGCAUUAACCAGGAGCGUAUAUCUGAGCGAUCGGGAAACGAUAGGUUAAUCAACAAUUCUGGUCAGAUCCAGUCCAACCAAGAUCAAGCUCAGCGGAACGCAUUGCGGCUGAAUGAGAAGCGUAUCGACUCGCGUAACAAUCGUGUCCUGCUCGAGCAAAUCAAUAUCAUCGAGAGUCGUUUGCAGCAGGUGAUUGGUCUUCUGAUCCGUGAGGUGAACAACAGAUCGGGAGCGCAACAAAUUGAUCAGCAAGUGCGCAUCGAGAGUGUGAUUGGUAAUGUUCUAUUGGGUCGCCUGGGUGACAUUGGUAUUCUGCGCAUCAUCCGCGAGCUGCUGCAGGAUAGCAACGUGCAGACCGAUCGCCUGGGCCUCGGAGUCAAAGUGGGUGAUCGUGUGCUGCAACACACACUACGCCGAAUUAUUAAUAUUGUGGAUGAGCAACGCGAUCAGCAGCUGGGCGCCUAUCAGCUAGAGCAGCUGGUCCUGCCGGAUGUGAAAAUCAACGAUAUACGUGUCAGCAAGCUGCGCACUAGGAUUGAGGACAACGACUUGGAUGUGAACAACCUGCUGGAACAACCGCAGCAAGCGCAAGUAAUUGUGCGCCAGCGUCGCCUCAACAACAAGCCCUUCACCAUUGACAUAGACAUCAGCUCGAAGCGUGCACAGGACGUUAUCGUUCGUGUAUUUCUGGGACCACGUCAGGAUGUGGCGGGCCGUGAACUAACCCUUGAGCAGGGUCGAUCUGACUUUUUGCUUCUGGAUGCAGUCAACACCCAACUGCAGUCAGGCGGCAAUCGUAUCCAGCUUCGUUCCACAGAUAUUGCCUGGACGACACCCGAUGCCACACCCUACAGCGAGAUCUAUCGUCAAAUGCUGACCACACUACGCGGCCAACAGCAGGAGCAGGUGUCGAUUCCAAAACUGAUUGGCGAGAAUGGACGCUUCCCGCAGCGCUUGCUGCUGCCACGCGGUCGUGUCGAGGGUCUGCCAAUGCAGCUGUUUGUCAUUGUGUCACCAAAGGAGCGCCUGGAACGAGAGCAAUCACUGCGCUUGGAGCGCAUUGGUGGCGUUAUAGGCACAAGCAGGGCAUCCUUGACAGACAGCCGCCCGCUCGGCUAUCCGCUUGACCGACGCAUUGUCAAUGAGCAGGAGCUGUUGCAGCUGCCCAACGUGCAAGUACAGGAGGUUGUCAUUGUGCACGAUAACUGAAAAGGAAGCCCAUUUCAAACGAAGACCGCCCGAUCGAUUGCCCUGAAAUUACACGUAUUCUGACGAAACGAUAUCGAAAUGUAAUAGAUAAUUCUAAAUUUUUGGU